AUGAGUGUUCCAUUGACGCCAGAAACGUACUCCAAAUUCAGAGUAUCGAAAGUCUUUGAAUCAACAGAUCCAGAAGCCUGUAUAACGUCAUUGGAUUUCGACGAUUCUGGUCAAUUCUUAAUUUCCACUUUAACUAAUGAAUCAAUAAAUCUAUAUGAUGCUUUCAAAGGUACUUAUAGUAAACCAAUAUAUUCCAAGAAAUAUGGCUGUCACCUUGCAAAAUUCACACAUCAACAGAAAAACUGUGUCUAUGCUUCAACAAAAGAAGAUAAUACAAUCAGAUAUUUAUCAUUAAAUGAUAACUCAUAUAUAAGGUACUUUAGAGGUCAUAAAGGUUUAGUAACAUCAUUAGAAGUGAGUCCACUGCAAGAUGUCUUCUGCUCAGCUUCACUAGAUGAUACUAUCAAACUAUGGGACACGAGAACUUCAUCAUUUCAAGCCUCAAUACCUUCUGAAAAACCUUCAUAUGUUGCAUUUGAUCCAUCAGGUUUAGUCAUAGCGGUAGCAUCUGAAGCAACAGGUAAAGUCGAAUUAAGAGAUGCUAAACAAUUUGAUGCAAUGCCAUUUCAAACCUGUCAACUACCGAAAGGUUUUAGGUUCAACAAGAUUGAGUUUUCAAAUGAUAAUAAAUAUUUCUUAUUAAGUUCAACAAAUCAAAAACAUAUUAUCCUUGAUGCUUUUGACUUAUUCGUUCAUACAGAGUUGGGAGAAACAGAGCCAAUCCCACCAAGAGCUUGGCCAGAUACUGGUUCUGCUUGUUUUUCUCCAGAUGGAAGAUUUGUAUUUGCUGGUAAUGGUGAUGGUAAAGUGGCAUUAUGGGAUUUGAAUGUUGAACCUGGUCAAAAGCUUCCACCUGUAUUACCGCCAAUUUCGAAAUUGAUAGGAGAUACAAAGCCAAGAAUGUGCGCAUUCAAUCCAAAGCAUUUGGAAUUAAUAACAGCUGAUACACAAUUAGUGAGUACAAAUAAACCCUUUAUUCUUUCUUGAUGAAUAUUUACUAAC